CGCGCCUGUGCCGGCCGUGGGGUCCGCCCCGUCGCGGCUGCCGCUGGCCAAAUAGGGAAGCGGAGACGGGCCCGGGAGCGCGCCGUGCUCUUUACCCUUGCGGAGGCCCCGCGCCGGAUCGGGGCCGGGUUUGGGGCUGGUGGGUCGGGCCAAGCGGGGAAGCAAUGAUGGGCACGGCGCUGGGGGGCUUCUGAGAUCCUCGUCCCGCCCCCUCCCAGUCCGCUCCCUCCCUCCCUGCCUUCCAGCCAUGAUGAACCCCAACGAAGGCGCGGCGCCCGCGGAGAAGUUUAAGCUGGUGGUGGUCGGCGGGGGCGGCGUGGGAAAGAGCGCCCUCACCAUCCAGUUCAUCCAGUCAUACUUUGUCUCGGAUUAUGACCCCACCAUUGAGGAUUCCUACACCAAAAUCUGCAACAUCGAUGGCACCCAAACCCGGCUAGACAUUUUGGAUACUGCAGGACAGGAGGAAUUUGGGGCCAUGCGAGAGCAAUACAUGCGCACAGGGGAAGGCUUUCUACUCAUAUACGCCAUUAACGAUCGCGGCAGUUUUAAUGAAAUCAGCAAGUUUCAUAUGCAGAUACUCCGGGUGAAAGACCGGGAUGAGUUUCCCAUGAUCCUCGUGGGAAAUAAGGCUGACUUGGAUCCAUAUCGGCAGGUGCCCAAAGAGGAGGCCAUCAGCUUUGCCCGGGAGAAUCAAAUCCCAUACAUGGAAGCUUCCGCCAAACUACGCCUCAAUGUGGACGAAUCUUUCCACGAGCUGGUUCGAGCCAUCAGGAGGUUUAACGAACUUGAGUCUCCCCCUGCUCCAAUUGUCAACCCAAAGAAGAAAGAAACCAGAGGCUGUCCAUGUUCCAUUCUGUAGACCACCCUCCCACCCUGAGCCACGCUUUCCGGAAGGGGAGGAACAGCCGUCCUGUUUAUCUAGAGUCGGCAUUUUCCCCUAGCUCAGAUCAGCUUCUCCACCUCCUCCCAUCGCAACCGGGGUUGUCCAUGUGUGUUCUACGGUUUUUAAAAUACUUCAUUUCUCUAGUAUUGCAGAGAACUCUGCAAACUGGAACUGGGCAGGCGGCGGAUCGGUCCUUAACUCCCCUGCAGUGACCCUUUACCUAUAGAAGCUUCCAUGGGCUUAAAGGAAGAUGCGGGACGGGGAACGAAAGCCAGCACGUCGUACCUCCUCACCUUCUACUGCUAAAUGCGGCCACAUUCCUUCGGAAGACUCUUCCUCUCCCAGCCGAGUGAUAGAAAGCCGGAUCGUUUUUCAGAGAUGUGGGCAGCCGGGUGUAAAUUUGACAGCGAGGGACAAUUGGGGUAGCCUGCGAUCUUGACAAAACAGAUCCAGUGAUCUUCUGCACAGAGCCAUAGACACAAACAUGUUGAAAAAUGCAGAGGUGGUGAUCAGACAUAAUUGACAAGGACCUCUGUGCUCAGUUGUUCUCCACAGUGCAGAAAGGGGGAACGGUAGCUGGUGCAAAGUCACAACUCCUUCCCGCUCCCGCACACACGUUUGGUGUCACCGCUGUUUUUCUGGAAAAGGGGUGGAGCUUUUUGUGGAGAGGGUGGAGCUUGGCAACGUUCUCCCUCCUCCCCUGCAGACCACUCAAGCGUAGCUGCAUCCUAGCAGAUAGAGGGACUGAAAAAUGAACCCCCUCCUUUCUUUUGGGCAGAGGAUGUAACUAAAAAAGAAAUAGCAAAAAUCAAGGGAUUGUCCUCUCCCCCACCCUCAUAUUAGGGACAGCCUGCGCUAAAAACAGCCCUUCCUCCCAGCGGCUAAGAAACAGCCUUGAGCUGGUGCAAUAAACUUUUUAACACAGUUUUAAUUGUUAGAAACAAAAUUGCGUUGCUAGGUACAGUCGACCGAAGAAGCAAGUUGUUCUGCCCUUCCCAAGAACAGAAAGCCUUGCUUUUGAGUUUGUCACAGUAACACAGCCGGUUUAUAAUCUGCCCUUCCACGGCCGCUGACUUUUAUCACUUACCUGUGACUUUUGGCAACGGGCCCGACAGGGCCAAGGGCUCCUCGCGAGCAUUUUGAUAAAGUAAACCUUACCAAGGGUCUUGGCCAUUGUUUGCCAAAACCCCUUUAAUACUUGAUAGUUGUACCAGUUGUGCCCAGGAGCGUGCAGAUUCUGCACUUGGUUCGCCGUGAAGCAAAAAGAUGCAUUCAGUCCUGAUCAGAUGGGAAACCUAUUUUUCAGCAGUUGCAACGAGUGGCGUGCACAAAUAAAAAUUCUCUUCUGUUUGUUCCACCCCUUUCCUGCCAUGCUGUGUAAACUUGCGGAGCAUUCCAACGAGAAAAUGCCAAAGAGUUACCACUUGUUCAAAACGGCAGAGUCUUGUGGCACUUCAAAGGCUUAACUGAUCUGGCUUUCAUGGACUAAUUUCAUCAGUGGCAUAAAGUAUUCUUUGUAGUCAGACAGUAUGUUAUCUGAAUAUAAAUAUAUAUAUAUAUAUAUACACACACACACGUGCACAGAGGUACAGAGAACUUUUAUAAACUGUGGCCGAAAGGCCGCGAAAUACAAGGAUAGUCAUAGGUCUCUGGAUUUGUCACUUAGCCAAAAGUUAUUUUAACAAAAUUAAAAAAAAAUAUUCCCAGA